AUUGGUGGAUGCGCUUCGCAGGCGCCCCGCAUCAACAUGGCGGGCGGCUCAGGCCGGGUGACGCUUGGUCGCGGUUUUCAGUUAUAGCGGGCGGGUGCAGGUUCCUUUUCAGUAAAUUUUUCCGUCUCAGCCCAGGGUGGAGCCAGCAGGGGAGGCAAAGGGGAAAGGUGAGAGGUGACGGCGACGGGCGGGUGGACAGAGCAGCUCGGGGAAGAACAUGGCAGAGAGCGGUCGCCAGCAGCCUUCAGACUCUUUGGAGGAGUCCCCUCCUACUGCUCAUAACUUCAUGAUUCCAAAGAAGGAGAUAAAUACAGUUCCUGACAUGGGCAAGUGGAAACGGUCUCAGGCAUAUGCAGAUUACAUUGGUUUCAUCCUCACCUUAAAUGAAGGGGUUAAGGGGAAGAAGUUAACCUGUGAAUACAAAGUCUCUGAGCCCAUUAAUAAGCUUGUCGCUCUCCUCAACACAUUAGACAGAUGGAUUGAUGAGAUCCCUCCCAUGGAUCAGCCCUCCAGAUUUGGGAACAAAGCCUUCAGGACUUGGUAUGCUAAACUUGACCAGGAAGCAGAAAACCUAGUGGCCACAGUGGUCCCUAGUCAUCUGGCAGCUGCUGUACCUGAGGUGGCCCUUUACCUAAAGGAAUCAGUGGGAAACCCUACCCGAAUUGAUUAUGGCACAGGUCAUGAAGCGGCCUUUGCUGCCUUCCUUUGCUGUCUCUGCAAGAUUGGAGUCCUCAGGGUAGAUGAUCAAAUGGCCAUUGUCUUCAAAGUAUUUAAUCGGUACCUUGAGGUUAUGAGGAAACUUCAGAAAACCUACAGGAUGGAGCCAGCUGGAAGCCAAGGAGUGUGGGGUCUAGAUGACUUCCAGUUUUUGCCCUUCAUCUGGGGCAGUUCUCAGCUUAUAGAGCACCCCCAUCUGGAGCCUAGGCACUUUGUGGAUGAAAAGGCGGUGAAUGAGAAUCACAAGGACUACAUGUUCCUGGAAUGCAUCCUAUUUAUUACUGAGAUGAAGACCGGCCCCUUUGCUGAGCAUUCCAACCAGCUGUGGAACAUCAGUGCUGUACCUUCCUGGUCCAAAGUGAACCAGGGCCUCAUCCGCAUGUAUAAAGCUGAGUGCCUGGAGAAGUUUCCUGUGAUCCAGCACUUUAAGUUUGGUAGCCUGCUGCCGAUCCAACCUGUCACAUCAUCAUAGAAGAGGCGGGGCAACAACCACUGCUACCCUGGAGGUCACCAGCUCCCUCACCCUACUCCCUUCACUUUUCCAAUACCACUUCCCUGCUGAUCUCUUUGGUCCUUGAGGCAAUUCUCCAGGAUAUGUGAACACCCAAAGUGCAAGUGCUGAAGGACCCAGAAUGGGAAGAAUGACCAAAGCCUGGCCAGUCUCCUGCCUUUCCCCCAGAGGCGAGAUGAGGGUAUAUCUCUGGGGAAGCAGGGUCCUUGUGGCUACUUGACCCCCACCCUGCCUCUGUCCUUACCCCACCCAAAUUCCUAGUCCCACUUCAUGUGCUAAAUUUGCUAUAUACCAUCAUAUGUGUGGGGGAUUGAUAUGUUUUACUGUUUCCAUUAACUUUCUUCCUAUUUCCUGUUGCCUUUCUGAGUGUUGAGUAGCAGUUGCUCCUAAUGGGAGUAGGAGACCAUAGACCAGUCCCCACCUCAGGGUGCUCAUAGAGCUGGAGAACGAGGGAGAGCAGGAGGAAAGAGAAGCCCUGGCUGUUUGUUGGCUAUCUUUUGUGUUUCCUCCCUCCUUUCCAAGCUCUUCUUUUAAACACCUGGUGUAGAUUUCAGGGGCUCAGUUUCCAUACCUGACCUCCUGAGGCCUGAGAAGGGGGUUUUGGGCCAGGGACCAGUAAAAAUACAAGGCUAGAGGCAAUUCCACCAUAUUCUGACAGUGGUGAGGCAAAGAACAAUUAUAAUCACACACAUUCUAGCUCUUUGUCUCUGGGGUGCUCAGGUCUGCAAUCCUCCCUGGGUAUAGCCAUAUUGCUUCACUUUUUUGCUGCUGCUGUGAGAUUCUAGGAUAACCUAGUCCCACUCUCAGCACUGAUGGUUGUCCUCUGGGUGGGUACUAGGCUUUUGGGAGGUGGGGGCAAAAGCCUCAUUAGAUGGUUAUAUUGGUCCUGUUGUAUGAAAGCUUUCCCUCAAUGAAUGGUAAGUGAGACACACUGGUGGGAUUUGGGGCUGAUCUAGUAGAGACCUUGGCUCCUGGAUUGCUGCAAGUAAAGCCAGCUUUAAGGUUAGACUCAUACUGGCCUACUGCUUGCAGCACUGUGCUGGCUACAGGUAGGCCACUGUAGGGCCACUAAAAAGAGGAACUUGUUAUCUCAACUCCCUUUUUCCUUUGGAAAGCAAUUGCAUGCCAGUGGGAUUUUCCCAGGUCCUAGGGCACAAGACAGAGGAGGUAACAACACCUACCUUUGGGCAAGCUGGUCUUACACUGUUAGAGCCAUUUGGGGGCUGAGGUAAGUGACUUGCUUGAGGGCCAAGUUACAGCACUCUAGCUCUUGGAUAUUUGGGUUCAGGAAUGGGGGUGGUGAACUGGGAUGGGGUGAUGCUAUCAGCACUUAAGUUCCAAGUUUUCUUCAAUUCAACAAACAUUUAUUGAGCUCUUCCAGAUCUGUUACAAGGAGCUGGGUUUUGUAGGUUUUCCCUAUAGAAUCCCCUUCUCCAUUAAGUGUUUCUUCCUCUGCUUUUGGUAUCAGGGUUGUUUUUUCUUUUUCUUUAAAAAAAAACAUUUUAUUUGGCUGCUUAGGCCCAUCCCCUCAUCUUCUUUCACACAUCCCCAGAUCUGGGCACCACUCCUUUUGGGUAGGGGAACACCCUGACAAGCACAGUGUGUUGGAUUUCCUCUCUGGUCUGUGGUCCCAUUGCCACUUGAGCUGGAUUGUCAUCCGGGGCCACUGAUCCAGAGCAUUCUCAGGGCUUGAGCUGGGGGAGAAGAUAUGAGUUAUAUAAAGUUUUCCAAAGGGAGGCCAAAUAUCUUCCACCAGGACCCCUCAUGGAGUUAGGUAGGCUGUCACCUUCCUGGCCUCUCAUGCAAGGGCCUGCCCACUAUGUGCCAACACCACUCCAUUUUGAGGCUGCUUCACCCUAACCCCUUGCUCUUUCAUUGCUGUUCUGAUUAAAAAUGUGUUUUGCACCUGGA